CUCUAAAUUCGCCUUGUUGGCGCCUCAUUUUGCAUCAAAACAAAUGCAGAAAAUUUUAUUCAUACACAAACAAAAUGUCGCAAAGAAAUAUAACAUCAUUUUUUAAACCUAAAGAACAGAAAGGCAUAGAAACUACAAAUUUGGAAGCAAUUCAAAAGAAACCGCUCAAUAAAGAAGACGAUGUUAAAAAAUCUUUAAAUAAUGUGGUGUCUACCAAAAGACAUUCGGAACAAGAAUUGGAUAAUAUAUCGAAAAUUGUUAAAUUAGAACCGAAAGUGGAGAAUGAAAUCUUAAAUAAAUGUAAAGACAUCUCUAUAAAAACGUCUCCAGAGAAAGUAAUGUCUCUAAAACUGAAUGAUGGAAACGACACCGCAAUAGCAACUGAUUAUAAUCCAGCUAAAGUAAAUUAUCAUCCAAUAAAUGAUGCAUGUUGGGAUAAAGGACAGAAAACACCAUAUUUGGCUCUGACCAGAACAUUUCAGUUAAUUGAAGACACUAAAGGACGAUUAAAAAUGGUUGAAAUUUUAGGAAAUUUUUUUAGUUCUUUGAUAUUGCUAAAUCCCGAAGACUUAUUGCCAAGCAUUUAUCUUUCAAUAAAUCAACUGGCUCCAGCAUACGAAGGCCUAGAACUGGGUGUAGCGGAACAUACGCUUAUGAAAAUUAUUUGUGAUGCUACUGGUCGCAAAAUGGAUUUCAUCAAAUCACAAACACAUUUAACUGGUGACUUAGGCAUUGUUGCUGAGCAGUCAAGGAUGGCACAAAGAAUGAUGUUUAAACCUGCUCCAUUGACAAUUAUGGGAGUUUUUAAAAAGUUAAAAGAGAUUGCCAAAUCACCUGGUAAAAACAAAGUUGUACCGAUAAAAGAUAUAUUUAUAGCCUGUCGCUGCUCCGAGGCAAGAUUUUUUAUAAGAUCUCUAAUAGGAAAACUUCGUAUUGGUAUUGCAGAGCAAAGUUUGCUUAAUGCACUCUCGACAGGAAUUGUGAAGGCCAAUAAUGUUGACCGUUUAAAGAAAAUGAGUGAGGAAACAUUAAAAAAUAAAAUCGAAGCCAAUGCAAUGAUUCUAAAAACCACGUACUGCCAAUGCCCGAAUUAUGACAAAAUCAUACCCACUAUAUUAGAAUUUGGAAUGGAAGAAGUACAAGAUCGCUGUCCCAUGGUACCUGGAAUUCCCAUUAAGCCCAUGUUAGCUCAACCUACAAAAGGAGUCUCCGAUGUAUUGCAACGUUUUGAUGGUCUUACUAUAACAUGCGAGUGGAAGUACGAUGGCGAAAGAGCACAAAUACAUUGUGAUGAGAAUGGAGUAAUUUCAAUUUUUUCUCGAAAUCAGGAAAAUAAUACCACAAAAUAUCCGGACCUAAUAAGCCGCAUAGGAAGUUUUCCAAAAUCUAAUGUGCAAUCUUAUAUAAUUGAUAGUGAAAUUGUUGCUUGGGAUGUGGAACAGAAAAUGAUUCUACCAUUUCAGGUGCUGUCCACUCGCAAACGCAAAAAUGUUGACGUAAACGAAAUUAAAGUCCAAGUGUGUGUGUAUGCGUUUGACUUAUUGUAUAUGAAUGGAAAGCCAUUGGUUUUAAAUACAUUUGCUGACAGAAGGCAAAUGAUGAAAGACAGUUUUACAGAAAUAGAAGGUAUUUGGCAGUUUGCUACUGCUAUGGAUACUAGCGAUGUGGAUGAAGUCCAACAAUUUCUUGAAGAAUCUAUUAAGGGUAAUUGCGAAGGAUUGAUGGUUAAGACCCUGCAUAAGGAUGCUACGUACGAAAUUGCAAGGCGGUCCAGAAAUUGGUUAAAGCUGAAAAAGGACUAUUUAGCAGGAUGUGGCGAUUCAUUAGAUUUGGUUGUCAUUGGUGGUUAUAGAGGCAAAGGAAAACGUACGGGCAGUUAUGGUGGUUUCCUACUAGCUUGCUAUGAUAAUGAAAACGAGGAGUAUCAAAGUAUUUGUAAAAUAGGAACAGGUUUUACUGAUGAAGCUCUACAAACCCAUGCGGAAUUCUUUAAAAACCAUAUUGCCACAUCUAAAAAAUCGUAUAUAUGUUGUGACAACACAUUGGAACCAGAUGAUUGGUUUGAGCCUGUUCAGGUGUGGGAAGUAAAAUGUGCUGAUUUAUCAAUAAGUCCAAUUCACAAGGCUGCAAUUGGAAUUGCUGAUCCUGAAAAAGGAGUCUCACUACGAUUUCCUCGAUUUAUACGAAUACGUGAUGAUAAAAAUCCAGAAAUGGCGACAUCAGCACGUGAAGUAGCCUACAUGUAUAGCUCUCAAGAUCAAAUAAAAAAUCAACAAAGUAGAACGGUUGCUAUUGAAGAUGAAUUCUACUAGACUAGAGAGUGCUCUUUGUUGAUCAAAACUUAUUUUUAGUUUAUUUAAAUAUAAAAACAAAAUAAAAAAUUAGUAUAAGUAAAUAUACUUAUACUAAUUUUUUAUUUUUUAGAUUUUUUUUAUUUUUUCGAUGUUAUACAUACAUAUAUUCAAAUACAAACAUGCUCUCUUAAAGGUAAAAAAUCUUGGUAUUGGAGUACGAAUCUAGAGAUUUUGUAUGUUUAAUCCAUAAAAAUGAUAUACAUAUAAAUAAAAUUAAACUAGUAUCUACUGGUAUUUCGAGUUGGAA